AAGUUUGACCCUUUAUUAUUUUUAUUUUUUUCGCCCUCUCGCUUUCUCGCUUUCUCGCGGCAAUGGCGGCGGCGACGGGAAAUGACGACGACAACGGCUUCGAUAACCAGCUUAAACCAGAAUCUGAACCGGCUACGAUUAACCUUUCGCCGCCUCUGUCUAAGAACGCUCAGAAGAAGCAACUGAAGCAGCAAAGAUACGAAGCGAAGAAAGCUGAGAAGAAGGCACAGGAGAAGGAGCAGAAGAGGAAGGAAGGAGAGAGAAAGCAUAAGGAAUGGGAGGAAACCCUAGCGAACGCGACGGAGGAGGAGAGGCUGAAGCUGAUUGAAUCGAGGAAGAGUCUGCGGAAGGAGAGAAUGGACAAGAGAUCGGAGGAGAGAGAGAAGAAGAUGGAGCGGCUUAAUCGAGCCAAAGAAAUAGGUCAAAAGAUCGUCAUAGAUGUUGAUUUUGCGCAUCUCAUGUCUGAUUCUGAGAUCUCUAGCCUCGUUCAGCAGAUUAUGUAUUGCUAUGCGGUGAAUGGGAGAAGUACUUCACCUUGUCAUCUAUGGCUUACAGGAGUCCAAGGGAAGAUGAGUUCUGAGCUUGAUAAGCUUCCUGGUUUUGAGAAAUGGUUCAUUGAGAAGGAAAGUAAUUGCUACAUCGAGGCCAUGGCUGCUCAGAAAGAUGAUUUGGUCUACCUUUCCGCUGAUUCUGAAACCGUUUUGGAUGAUCUUGACCCCAAGCAUAUCUACAUUAUCGGUGGCUUAGUGGAUCGAAACCGAUUCAAAGGGAUCACCAUGGCCAAGGCACAAGAACAAGGCAUCAAAACAGCUAAGCUUCCCAUAGGAGAGUAUCUGAAAAUGUCAAGUUCUCAGGUAACUAACUAA